CUCAAACUCUAAAAAUGAUACAAUCAAUGGUUGGAAAUGUUUUUCAACAGCCGAGAAAGUGGGUUCUCCUGCUUGUGUCUGCCAUUGCCAUCGUCAUAGUCAUUCGUUUAUUAUUCGAUCAACAUUCUUCGGGAGGAAAUAAUAGUAUUGCCAAUACACACUUUUUUAGAAAAUUAAAGAAGAGUAAAGAACCAUCACAAGCCUAUGCUGUAAUGAUUACAGGUGGAGCUGGAUUUAUUGGUUCACAUAUUGCUGAACAUUUUAUUAAGAAUGAACCAUUAUGUCAAAGAAUUGUAAUUUAUGAUAAUUUACAUUCAACAGCACAAUCAACAGGAAAUCCAAAUGUUGAAACAAAUUCAAAUUUAGAAAUGUUAUAUUCAAUUGAUUCAACAAAAAAGAUCGUUUUUGUAAAGGCUUCUAUUAUGGAUAGACAAAAAUUAAGAGAAACUCUCCAAGCUUACCAAAUUAGAUUUAUUUAUCAUUUGGCUGCCCUUAUUUCUGUACCGGAAUCAAUGUCCAAUCCAAAGAUUUAUUUUGAUAUUAACACUAUUGGAACUGAUAUUGUAUUGGAUGAAGCUAGAGCAACAGGACAUGUUAAAAAGGUCGUUCUUAGUAGUUCUGCAGCUAUUUAUGGUUUUGAUCCAACUGUUCCAAAGAUGGAAAAUAUGAAUCCAAGUUGUGAAUCUCCAUAUGCUCAAAGCAAGUAUGAUGGUGAAUUUUUGUGUAAAUUCCACAGUCAACAAGCUUUGGAAAAUUCCAAAGAUGGAGAACCAAUGGUUGCCAUUGCUCUUCGUUAUUUCAAUGUUUUUGGUGAAAGACAAGAUCCAAACAGUCAGUAUGCAGCUGCUAUUCCACGUUUCAUUGAUAGAGCUUGUAAGCAAAAUGAAGCUAUUGAAGUUUUUGGAGAUGGAAGACAAACUCGUGACUUUGUCUAUGUUAAGGACGUUGUUUGGGCCAAUGUUUAUGCAUCAUUCUAUAUUGGAGAAUUUGGAGUUUUCAAUGUUGGAUAUGGAUCAUACAUUACAAUUAAUCAAUUGGCUGAUUUAGUUGAAUCAGAAUGUUCUAAACUUUCAGGUAAACCAGCAAAGAAGAGAAUUUACAAACCAAAGAGAGCUGGAGAUGUCAGUGCAUCAAUGGCAUCAGUUAGAAGAUUGACCAACAAUGGUUGGACUCCAAAGUACAACUUUAAGGAAUCUGCCAUUCAAACCAUUCAAUAUUUCUAUCAGCAAGGAAAACAAAAUUAAUAUCUUGUUAAUUUUUCAUAAUUAAUUUAGUGAAUAUUUAAUUCAAACAUUUAGAAAAUAAUAAAAACAAUAGUUAUU